AUGGAGACUAUCAAUGAGAGCCAUGCUGCACCGGACCUAGCAACCUCCCUUCCUCAGCUUCCACGACCGCCGAGUCCCUCUGCAGAUCGAGGCAUUGUUCCUGGCACCGAAUCAUCCCUCACGGACUCAGGCACCUUGCCAAAUGCGGAUGACAUCGACCUUUUCACCUUGAGUCCCGUGGCAGCUUUGAGGAUGCUCUGUAGCACAGUCGAGACUUUGGUCCAUAUUACCGGCGACGUCCCACCAACCCCUCCAAUCAGCCCGCCAAGCACUCCAAAUCUUGGGUUGAUACAAGCUGAAAAAGAGAGCGUUGCUCGCCAUACAAAGGAACACAGGCGUCGACAAAGCGGGGGCGCAGAGAAUACGGGAGACGUUGACGGCGUGCCCGCAAGGGCCAAAACUCCAAUUGGUAGCCCUGAGGCUGGCCCCUCAGAGCCUCUGCACGUCAUUGGGUCAAACAUGGAGCCCCUAAAUAUCCAGCAUGGCGCUAUCAUAAGAAAGUUCUAUUCGAAGAAACCACCCCCGAUCAGUCUAGAAGAAUACCUCUUGCGAUUGCAUCGCUAUUGUCCAAUGUCAACAGCCGUCUAUCUUGCUACAAGUCUCUACAUCUUCAAACUAGCAGUGGUGGAGAGAAUCAUUCCUGUAACUUCUCGUAAUGUUCAUCGCCUGGUGUUAGCCGGCCUUCGAGUGGCAAUGAAAGCAUUGGAAGAUUUCAGCUACCCACAUCGACGAUUUGCAAAAGUUGGAGGUGUCGGCGAGACAGAGUUGGGAAGAUUGGAAGUCAGCUUCUGCUUCGUUACCAACUUUGAGCUGAGAGUUGAUAGAGAAGGCUUGCUGGAACAUGCUAAAUCAAUCAGGCAUAGGGAAAGUCUGUACAGACCGCAAGAAGACCUUCGGCCACAACUGCCUACGCGUGACUUGGUCGCCGAGCAGUCCAAGCCACCGACAGUUACGGCGGAAACUCCUGCUGCCGCAUAG